ACAAUUGCCUUUUUUAAUGACUCAUUGAUAAGGUGAUAUAAAAACAAUUUUUUGUUCAAUUGUAAUUAUUUUUUAGUGUUACUGUGUAUGAUUUUAUUUUUAAGUGUCCAGCAAAAUGAUUACUGGCAACAUGAUGGGCAAAGUUAAAUCUUUCAAUAUUGGUAAAAAACAGCUGACAAAAAAGGAGCUGGAAAAACAAAAGAAAGAACAAGAGGAGAAAGAUGCAGCCAAGGUAUAUCAGGAAUUUGUUGAAACUUUUGAGAAACCUGCAGCCGCUGGCCAGGUAUUUGUACUUGGCUCUGUUAUGAAUUCUGGCCAUGAAGAAGGAAAGGAUUCCUCGAAAGUAUACAAGCCAACCAAAUUGCAAGAAUUGAGUGAUAAAAAGAAAAUGAAUACAAUGCAUUAUGGAAGUGCUCCUACUUCUAGUGCAUCUUCACCAAAAAUGGAGAAGCUGGGUAAAAAGAAAGAGAAGGAAAAAAAGAAGAGUAAUCUUGAACUUUUCAAAGAAGAAUUGAGACAACUUCAAGAGGAAAGAGAAGAAAGACUUCGAUUGAAAAUGUUGAUGAAAAAAGAGGGCAAAAAAGAGAUCGAUCCUAUAGUCACUAGUAAAAUAGAUGACUACAGAGGAGCCAAUUUUGGCUCAUAUGACACUGGCGAUCCAAACACUACCAAUAUAUACCUCGGAAACAUUAAUCCAAAAAUGUCAGAGAAGGAAUUGAUGGAAGUAUUUGGUGAAUAUGGACCUUUAGCUAGUGUAAAAAUUAUGUGGCCAAGAUCAGAGGAAGAACGAGCUCGAAAUCGUAACUGUGGUUUUGUUGCUUUUAUGAACAGAAAGGAUGGAGAACGAGCUAUAAAAGCGUUAAAUGGCAAAGAGAUUCAAAAAUAUGAAAUGAAAUUAGGCUGGGGAAAAGCUAUACCUAUUCCUCCUCACCCUAUUUAUAUCCCACCUAAGUUAAUGGAAUUAACUAUGCCUCCACCUCCAUCAGGGCUUCCAUUUAAUGCUCAACCAGAUCCUGCUGAUUUUGACAAACUUCCUCCUCCAGGAGUUGCUUAUCCUAUGGCAACUCCUCAAGAUAGAGAAAACUUUGAAAAAAUAUUAGCAAAUGCCACAGUAAAAGUAGUCAUACCAACUGACCGAGCUCUGUUAUGUCUUAUCCAUCGUAUGGUUGAGUUCGUUGUAAAAGAAGGGCCAAUGUUUGAAGCAAUGAUUAUGAUUAGGGAAAUCAACAAUCCAAUGUUUAGAUUUUUAUUUGAAAAUCAAAGUCCUGCACAUAUUUAUUAUCGUUGGAGACUUUUCUCAGUACUUCAAGGCGAACAUCCAAGUAAAUGGAGAGAGGAAGAAUUUUAUUUAUUCAAGGGAGGCUCUAAAUGGAAACCUCCACCAUUGAAUCCUUAUCUCUCAGGAAUGCCUGAACAUCUAAUAGAGAAAUCACCUGAAAGAGAAGUUGAAGAAGAUCACCAGAGAAAAACUUGGAGAAGAUCAAGAUCCAGAUCGAGAGAACAUGAUUCAACUAAUCGAGGUUUUAAAGAAUUCAAAGGAAAAAGCCAAAAGAAAGGUAUCCUUACGGAUACUCAAAGAGAAGACUUGGAAGAUAUUCUUAGAAAUUUGACUCCUGAGCGAUCUAAAAUCUCUCAUGCUAUGGUUUAUUGUAUUGAACAUGCUGAUGCUGCUGAAGAAAUCGUAGAUUGUAUUUCUGAAUCAUUAGCAUUAAUAGAAACACCUCUGCAUAAAAAAAUAGCUAGACUUUACUUAAUAUCAGAUAUCUUGCAUAAUUGCUGUGUGAAAGUUUCCAAUGCAUCUUAUUAUAGAAAAGGAUUUCAGUCUCGUUUAACCACCAUCUUUUUCGAUAUUCAUCAAUGUUUCAAUGCAAUAGAAGGGCGACUUAAAGCUGAACAAUUUAAGCACCGAGUGAUGAAUUGUUUCAAAGCCUGGGAAGAUUGGGCUAUUUACACAAGUGAUUUUCUUAUCAAACUUCAAAAUAUAUUUUUAGGUUUAAGCCCUCGAGAGUCUUCUACGGAGAGAAAAGCAGACGACAGCAAUGAUAUCGAUGAUAUCGAUGGAAUCCCUGUCGAAGAUUCCGACAUCGAUGGUAUUCCUAUUGAUACUAUUGAUGGUACACCUUUUGAGAGUACAAGUAACAUUACAAUCAAAUUCAAACCAUCAAAAUGGGAAACAGUAGACCCCGAUUUAGAGGAAUCGCAAAGUAGUCUUCAUGGCUUAGAUAGUGUAAAUAGAAGAAAAAGAUUGAAAUUAAGUACCAAACCUUACAAUUUGGAUAAUUGUAGGAGUUAGAUGACGGUCAAAAUGAAAUGUUCACAAAUACCUGGAGCUUGCAAAACGGUAAACCUGAUUUAAUCAAUUUAAAGGCUAAUUCUCAAUUCCAUUAAACUAUAGUUUUUCAUUUGAAAAUUAUCAAUGGUUGAACAUUGAAACUAAAUACUGGGAUUGAGAUUUAAGGUUUUUCUAGGUCCACUACCAUCUGGCAUCUCCGGGUAAACGCUUGAUUGAAGGUUGGUUUCAAUUUUUUUUCUAAGCGUGAAUUUGUUAAUUUAAAAUUUGUUUGAACUUAUACAUUUGACAUUCAUUUUCCAAAUUCACAAAUAUAAAUAACUAAAUGAUUUACAAUGUAUCUUCAAAUUAUGUACAUUUCUUUUAAAAAUGA